GGGGGGAGGUGAGCUGUUUGCGCCUGGGAUUGGGAGGGUGAUCUUCAGUGCUGGCUAGAUCUUUGGGAGGCUGUAUCAUAUGGCAGCAGCAGGGAGAAGCCGAGAGGGCUGGAUAUCGUCGAUGUUCAUCAUGCAUUUGCCAUGGCGUUCUAUACCAUGUUUCUAGAGACGAGCUACUACUAUGAGACAGAGUGCUCGAUAUGGAUGAAAAUGGCAACUAGAUUUCAAGUUCUUCGUUAUAAGACAACGUUUCGUCAGCUACUUUAAUUUUUUUUUGGAGAUUUAAGCUUCCGUGGGUCAGGUGAGAGGAGAAUCAUCGAGUUUGCCAGUUUGCCGUCUACAAGAGCCUUGGUUUCUUGGUUAGCGGGUGGCGUUGGUGCUUGGUGGCAUACGUCACAUCGACGGGAACUUCGCUGCGUAAGUUGUGACAUAGACACUGGCAGAACCUUCAAUCAGCAGAGUUGUCAGCGGUAUAACAAUGCUUAUUAAGUUAUAGAACCAUCUGAAGUGUUCUAUAUGUUCUAUAUUAGAUGGAAUACAGAACAUACCAGUGUAUUGUAUCACUACGCAUUGUUGAAUUUCCCUGCGCCCUGUCCCCGUGUGUCAAGUGAGAGUACAAGUCCCUUACAAGCCCUCUCCGUGUAACGCGGCGGUGAAUCAUGCAACCAGUGCUGUUCUGAGUGUGUAUCCCCACUGAAUAAUGCAUGUAAUGCGCGCUGUGAGUCCCCCGCCCCACGCCAGAGCCACGACACACACCGCGUUGUACCAGCCGGAGUAGGAAGAGGAAGGGCGAGUUAGUGAGCUCCGGAUCAUCAACACACACCCCCAGGUUUCACCGUCCAAUGCACACCAAACCAACUAACAGACGCGGACGCACGACAAUGACAAUACAGCAACAAUAAACCUUUUCCAAUUCUACAAUUCUCCCAGUAUAUUCUCGUCUCGACCAUCCUCACCGUCCUUUCUCAAUCCCUUUCAGCCCGCCAUAUUCUGAGACAAGCGCUCAAGGCAGACGAAGACGAGACUUGUCACUUACAGCAUUAUCCUCGCUUGCGCUAGGUAUCUAAGUAUAGCCUUGGCGGGUCAGACGGCGGUCAUCGACUAUCUCAACUGACGACAACCCGGCGGCAACCAACAUCCCCCAUCCACUCCACUUCUCCAACCAACCGACCUCACCACCACCACCACCCGCCAACGACCAACCUCAUCACCGACCUCACCUACACGCCGAACAACGCGAAGAACACUCUUGCACAACAUCCACAUCUCUCGUGCAACCCGACAUCCUCCUCACCACCGCCACCCAUCCCACCUACUGCCGCGGAACCCACCCUGUCCUGGCCAGGCCACCACCCACCGACCAUGAAGCCCACCCGCAUCCGCAACCCGCGGCAUGUCGACUCCGGCCCCGACCUCUUCGCCAACAUCUACAUCCGGUCCUCCUCCUCCGGCGCCUCACAACACAGCCGUCCUGAUGCCUACACCGCCGCCGCCGGUGGCGUCGUCAGCAGCAGCAGCGUGAUGAUGGAGAGCUCGACGGCGAACGGGGUGCUGAUCGGGCUGCUGUCGUCAUUCGGGUCGGCGCUGUUCAUCGCGCUGGUGUUUCUGGUGGUGUACUUCUUUAGGUAUACGCAGGGAGGUCGCAUUCUGCUGGAUCGGAUUGGGAGGCCUGGGGAGUAUGAUGAUGAGCAGAGCUUUUUGAGGGAGGAGGCCGAGGCGCUGGAGACCAUGGAGGAAGGGCAGAGGAUUGAUUAUUUGAGGGCUAAGGCUUUCAUCGAAUCGAAUCCCCCGGAUUCGUUACCAACCGACAUCUCGUUGUCUCAAUACCUGGCUAUCCAAGAGAAAGGCGUAUCAGCGUGGGAGUUUGAGCCGGAACUGGAAAUAGCGAAUUGUUUCGUCGAAGCGAGGACCGAGAUUGAGUUCUUCGACAGCGAGUGCUGCGUCUUGAGCAACCUACCCGUCCCGAAACAGAAUGAAGUGUAUUAUUGGGAGAGCAAGAUCUAUGAUAAGCCCGAGCAGACCAUGAUCAGCAUUGGCAUGGCUACCAAACCCUAUCCUCUCUUCCGUCUACCUGGCUGGCACAAAUACUCCGUAGCCUACACCUCCACCGGCCAACGCCGCUACAACCAACCCUUCACCCCCACCUCCUACGGCCCCCCCUACGUCCAAGGCGACGUCAUCGGCGUUGGCUACCGCCCCCGCACCGGCACCCUCUUCUUCACCCGCAACGGCAAGAAACUCGACGACGUCGCCCACGGCCUCAAAUCCCAGAACCUCUUCCCCGCCGUCGGCGCGAACGGACCUUGCACCGUACACGUCAACUUCGGGCAAUCGGGAUUCGUGUUCAUCGAAGCUAAUGUCAAGAAAUGGGGUCUUGCGCCAAUGACGGGCUCCCUGGCGCCGCCGCCGCCGUAUGGGAGUGAACAGGGGAGUAUUCUUUUGGAGGCUGGCGGUGCGGGGGGUGGUGCCACGGAGACGGCGCAUAAUCACCAACCUAGCCGCCAUGGACGCACGCGAAGCGGGAAUAUCUUCCGUGGCCACCCGACGAGUCCGGGGCCGGUGAGGAGCCCAACGGAUAUCUCUCUCGCGCACCUAGUGCAUAUCCCGCCCCCGACUGAUGAUGGGGGUGAAGGGAGCGCAGGGAGGAUCGCGGGGUUACAUCAUGAUGCUGCGCUACAUGCUGCGGGGCUGGGGAUUCAGCUCCCCCCCCCUGCACCCACGACACAGGUGGUGCAAGGGGUCGUGGUGGAAGAUCAUACCGCUCAUCCGCCGCCGGAGUACUCGAGUCCGCCGGCGAGUAGGAGGGGGAGCGAUAGUGAUGGCGAGGGGGAGAGGAGGAGGUUGCUUGGUGGAAGCGGUGCGGGUGUAGGGAGAAGGGGGGGGAGGAGCCCGCCGAUCCCGAGUUAUAGCGAUGCUGUUGCUGAGGGGCGGAGGGGCGAGGAGAGGGGGAGGUCGGGGACUGUGUGAUCCCACCUCUUUUAUCCUCACUUCUAGGUGCUGGAUGUGGUGUGCUGUUUCGAUGAGGGUGGACGGGGUGGUUAUUCGGUUUAGCGCGGGUUAAAAUGGUGUCGAAGGCGUUCAUACAGUGGUGCUACCUGCAUCUCUUUUCCUUUGUCUUUUCAUGGUUUCGGUUUGGUCUGGUCUGGGGUCGGGGCGGGUAUAGCGAUCAUUGAUUCGGGGCGGUUGGUUGGGGACAUUGUCGAAUAUUUAAGCUUUGUGUUUUUUUGUUAUUGGGGGGG